GAAGUUCCGAGUUUUCAGUCCAGAAUGGCUGCAUCACGGAGGCCCGGCCUGCUCCGGGUUUUAUGGCUGUUAACGGUAUUUGCGGCGGUGUUUUCGCUGGACUCCGGAAUGCUGUAUCCCCGAGAGUCUUCCUCCAGAGAGGUGAAGGAGCUGAGCGGGCUGUGGGACUUCAGGGCGGACAAAUCUCCGAGCAGGAAUCAGGGCUUUAAUGAGGCAUGGUACAAAAGACGGCUGUCAGAGGUGAGCAGGAGAGAGGGAGGCUAAUGCUGCUCGGACCACAACAAAGCACCUCACCUCACUCGCUUUCAUCCAAAUGCACCUAUAAACUUCCCCCAAAGUUACUGACGGACUUCUUAGUAAACAGCUUAAACUAUUAGACAGCUAAUAGUAUAUAACAACAUUAUAAGAGUUUUUAUGCGUCAAAAUCACCUUAUAGUACACUGCUUAGCAUACCACAGAGCUGCAAAACACCUCAAAGUACAUUUAAAUCUAUUGAAACCUGCAGCUUAGUACCAAUAAGCUGUCAACACAAAUACUCCAAAUUGUUUUCCAAAUAAUUCGCAUGUAGAUAAAACUUGUGACUUAUUGUGUGAACCAGAAAAUGAGUUCACUGAAAAGUAAGUUCAUACAUUGUGUGAGGAAUAUACUGUGAAUAUACUUUUUUGGUUCAUGACAAUAAAUAUAGAAUAAGAUAUGGACAGCAAAGUACGCUGACUGUAGAGAAAAACUAAUAGUAGGCAGUAAUUGUCUCUAUAAAAAUCUAAACUUUGUUCAAUAGUGCUCUUCAUAAGCUACAUUAACAGUGUUUGAAUGUUAGUAGUACUGCAAUGAUACAGAAGAUACAGUUAGUCCCUCAAGUAUAUAUAUUGAAUUGAAACAUGAAGUUUACGGCGAAACAAGACAAUGUUCCUAACCUUUAUGUAUAACCAGCCUGUUCCCAACUGUUAUUUAUUGCAUUUGACCCAUUUAGAUAAAGCCAAGUCGACUUUGUUAUCUUUCAUUGUUGGUCUUGUGGACUUUGGUCGUUUACACAGAACACUUUAAAUAAUAUAACAUGGACAUAAACAGAAAUGUCAGACAAAAAAACAUAAUGGUUUGUGGCUGAAGUUUUACUCUUGCUUCUUUGAUUGUCUUGUAUUGCAUUCAUCAAUACUUAUUAUGACAUGGUUUUAAGUGUCAUUAUUAUUAUUAUUAUUACACUAAGUGCAAAUUCACUUCUGAGUACAGCUGUUCUGUAAAUCAAGGUUAUGUGUUUUGUUUUCCUUAGACUGGUCCAGUGAUUGACAUGCCAGUACCUUCCAGCUACAAUGAUGUCACACAGGACCCUGCUCUGAGGGAUUUCAUUGGCUGGGUUUGGUAUGAGCGAGAGGUGGUGGUUCCUUCCCGCUGGAUCAUGGAUGCAGGGACAAGGAUUGUUCUGAGAGUGGGAAGUGCUCACUAUCAUUCAGUUAUGGUAAGUAUUACAAAAACAGAAGUCAUCUGCAUCUGACAUUGCAGUUUGGAGACUCGUCGCGCACCUUUUUACAAUCAUGAGCGUAAAAAAAGUGAUGGAGUUAAAUUAAAAGGAUUAUGUUGACGUUUUUGUAGUGGGUGAACGGGGUGCAAGUGACGGUGCACAAAGGUGGUCAUCUCCCUUUUGAGGCCGAGAUCGGCAGUUUACUCCGGGCUGACCCGUCUAAGUCGUGCAGGAUCACCGUCGCUGUCAACAACACUCUGACUCUGGACACACUCCCUCCAGGAACCAUUCAGCACCUGAAUGACCCCACCAAGUAACUUAGCUUUUAUCUCCUACAUAAAACCCUUACCAAAACUUUCAAUCAUGGGAAAAUAUGACAGAGUAAUAUUUAAGACUUGCAACACUUUCACCACAAAACAUUCAUAAAGCUUUUUUUUUUUUUAAACACCUUUACAAUUAUUUUGAAAUUGUGGUUACAGUUAUGGUGGUUUCUUAACCUCGCUGAUCAACCAUUGUCACAGUGAGUUGAGUAUUUCUCAAUACUAUCAGAUCAGUCCAGGGUUACACUUCAGCUGCUGGUAUUGUGUACCAGGAGAUAACAACCAGCAGUGACUUGUAAAAUGAUACUGCACAUUUUCAAGUAACUCAAAAUAACUUUUUAAAAGUUAAAGAAACCCUUUUUGCUCAAACAGAAAAGUAAACUCUUGGAAGUUUUAUCUUGAACUGCUACCAUCAAAAAAGAAGUCCUGUUUCCUCUUUUUAGAGAUUUGUCCGGACUAUUUUCAGUUCUCACUGAAUCUUUCCACUGAUUUAAUGUGGUAUUUAGGAAGUACUGUGAUGUGCACAGCAGCAUUUGAGUGUGUAUUCAGUUAAAAACAAAAUGUGAUUUUUCAACAGGUACCCAAAUGGAUUUUUUGUGCAAAAUGUCUACUUUGAUUUCUUCAACUACGCUGGCAUACAUCGUCCUGUGUUACUUUACACCACUCCUAAGGCCUAUGUUGACGACAUCACUGUAGUGACUGACUUCACUGAUAACACUGGUAAAUGGAUUCAUCCGAACACUGUUUCCAAAGAAGUCGGAAAUGUAUACAGAAUAGUAAAACUGGAAGUUAAAAUGUUCCAGGGAAGUUAUACGUCUGUCUUGAUUUUGAUACCAGCAACAUGUUUUUAGAAGGAGAAGAUGGUGGCAUAUGUUCCACUUAAAAAGACUGAAAAAAAGUUCUGAAACACUCUGUGGAACAUUUUUAUUAACAAGGCAUACUUGGAACAGAAAAGUAGCAUUAUAAGUUAUAUGAAAAGCAUCCCAGGGAGGGUGAGUCUUGCUAAAGUAAAUAUCAGGAGGGGUUCGCCUAUUUAUGGAGGACUGAGCCAGCAAAUAGAGCAACGAAUAAUAUCAAAGUGAAUGGACACACUGUUUGUGCCUACAGCCAAGGUGAACUUUACUCUCCUUUUUAAAGCUGUUGCUGGCAUCACUUUUCAGACUGGGUAUAUCAAGUACAAAAACACCUGACCAAAAACAUUAAAUUCUUUAGUAUCAACAUGUAACAAUUAGUGGGUUUUUUUAUCUUGCAUACAGGCCUCCAAGUUCUGUGAAUCAUCCUUUAUUUUAAGCUACAUUUUAUCAGCAUCACAAGUUCUGCAUUCUUGAAUUACGUCGUUUUUAGUCAGACGUGUACCCUAACAGAGAAGAAAUGUCAAAUCUGUAAUUUUACUCAUUGACAGCACCAAAGCACUUCCAGGAGACUUAUCUUGUGUAACAGGACUAUCAUUGUGUAAAUGUGGAUUUCUAUGAUCGGCAUUGUCCAUGCUGUUGUUCUGUUUCAGGUUUGGUCAAAUACCAAGUAUCAGUGAAAGGAUCCUCCUCUUUUACCCUGAAGGUGACUUUGAUGGACAAAAGCGGUCACUGUGUGGCCGCCUCGAGCAAGCCAUCUGAAGUGCUCAAAGUCGUGGAUGUCAUGCUGUGGUGGCCGUAUUUGAUGCAUGAAAGUCCAGCUUAUCUGUAUUCUCUGGAGGUAAGACAGCAUGUGUGACCUACAAAUCAUUCCCUUAAUCAGAGCCUUUUUCCGUUCUUUGGAUUUAUGAUGAGUAAAAUAUAAAUAUUUUAGCAUCUUGAUUGUCACAGGCCCUGUUGGUGUAAAAACUGCAAAUUUUAAAAUGUGGAAUUAAAAGUUUAUUUUUAUACUGAGCUAAUCAACAAGUUCAAAACUGACAUCUUUAUCAAUUGUUAAAAUAAAAACUGUAAAUUUUUCAGUCAUUUUCUGCACUUCUUUGAAACAAGUACUCUCUAGUGUAACAACAGAGGGUCUAAGACACUGUAGGUCUUAAGUAUUUAGCACAACUUCCUCUCUUUAAAAAUUUCCUCUGAAAAAGGUUCCAAGAUAUAAUGUGACACUAUGACAUUUUCCAUAUCAGGUUCAUGUUUUGACAUCUGAUAUGGGAACAACAUCAGAGGAUGUGUAUUCUUUACCAGUCGGCAUCCGUACAGUCAGCGUCACCAGCAGCCAGUUCCUCAUCAACAACAAGCCCUUCUACUUCCACGGAGUCAAUAAACAUGAGGAUGCAGAUGUGAGUAACACUAGAGGGCGGCAUUUAGCUUACACUAGAGAAAGUGAGACACACCAGUCAUGAAGAUAAGUUUGCUUAGUUUUUGUCUUACAAGGUACGUCUUAGUACCAGACCAGUUUGGUGUUUAAGAACUUCACAAUUUUAGGUUUUUGGUCCUUUUAUUAUUUCAAAAACUGAAUUUGACCUGCAUAAUUUUGAUAAAUCUGCCUCAGAAUCAUUCAUAUUUUAGGAAGAGGUCAAUUUCAUGCAUAGUGCAAGUACAUUUAUCUGAACUCCUAUCUUUUCUACAUUAAUUUAAGCAAAACAUUCCAAUUUCCCUUGAGCAAGAUAUUUAAAAAAAAGAUCAAUAGUUUAAUGUUUAGUUUAUUGAAAGAGCUUGAAUUCUAAAAUUGAGUGUAUCUUUUGAGUUUGUUUUAGGUUUGGAUUUUAUAUUUUAAAAAUGUUUUUCCUAUAUAUGGUGCAUGAUAGUAGACUGAGAACGAGCAGUUGCUGAAUUCAAGAUAUUUUCACAUACAUUGAAAAAAUGUUUGUAAUCAAACAAACAUAUUUGUUUCUGUCUCAUUUGUCAGAUUUGUACAUGUGUGUUUGGUUUAUGGGAUGAGAUAUUUAACUUAAAAUAAAUCCUGGUGAAAGAGAGUUUUCUUGACUUGCUGAGAUGAACUUUUGUCCCUCAGAAGCAGUGUGAUCUUAUUUGACUGCUUGUCUUUUCUUGCUUUUGAAAGCUCGCUUGUUGCAGUGAAGAGCCUUCAUGUUCAUACAACCUCUGCAGAUCUGAUAUGUGCAGCCCAUCUUUGCAGAGUUUAGAGAUCCAGACAGGAAAUUUAGUGGAAAACUAGAUCUAGUAAAAUAAUCUGACGCUUCCUUCCUGUGUUUAUUUUGCGCCAUAGAUUCGAGGGAAAGGCUUUGACUGGCCGCUGAUCGUCAAAGACUUCAACUUAUUGAAGUGGUUGGGGGCCAACUCGUUCCGCACCAGCCACUACCCGUAUGCCGAGGAGAUCUUGCAGAUGUGUGACCGUCACGGCAUCGUGGUGAUCGACGAGUGCCCAGGGGUGGGCAUCAAAGACAUGUGAGUGUCUCCACUCCUUUCAUCUCUGACUCUGGGGUGCAAUUGAGGAGUGAUUAACAGAGAGUGAAUGUAAACAUCUUAUUCACAACUCCUGCCUUCUACCUAGCUUAAGCAGUAAAACCUGUGUCAGGAAACUUGCUGCUGUGUAAGCCUGAUGCAGCAAUACGACUUUGAAAGAUCUAAAGUGGAGAAGAGCAGACUCACCCACUUACUGUGAAAUCUGAAGCUUUCACAGUUCAAGAAGGAGAAACCAAAUUGUGAUCGACAAUUUAACAGAAUGAAAGCUGCAAACUCUUAACCAAAUAUUGAAAAUAAAGUGUGUCAGUGUAACCAGUGAGUUAUACAACAUUAGUACUCACUGAACAGGACAGAUACAAAGGCAAUUUCCUGCUUAAUUAAAUGAAGGAACAUCCAGUUGAAUUAAUUACAGGGAACUAUUAGUGGAUUAGAGAAGACUAAUAAGAUGAUAAAGAUUAUUACAGCUGAGGGCCAGAAUUCAUUUAGCUGCGAUUAAUCACCAGCGUCCAAAUGUAGAGACAGGUAUGAUUUUAUUAAAAACAGGUUGGCAUUACAGGGAAAAGAUAUUGGUGAAUAAAGCCCAGGUAACAGACAAGUAAUGUCUGCAAAUUCCUCUUGAGUAAUAGCAUUUUGUCUUUACCUUAUGGGCUGGUUUAAAUACGGGUAAUCAUGUAAUUGCAUCUUUUCAUCUUCCCGACUCUUGCACAGUCGCAGUUACGGAAACACCUCUCUGACUCAUCACCUGUUUGUCAUGGAUGAGCUCAUACGACGGGACAAGAACCAUCCCUCUGUGGUCAUGUGGUCUGUGGCCAAUGAGCCGGCCUCUGAGAUGCCCCCUGCUGAAUACUAUUUCAAGUGAGUGCUGGUCAUCAUGUUUAGCUUUGAAGCAUAACAUCAAAUAUUCAUUCACACAAAAACAGACCCAUGAGUGAAUAUGAGACAAGAACAUGUUUAUUUACUCAUACAUGAUGUGUUUGAGCCAUGAUGGGUGUUUACCUGUGUUACACUCCUUUAACUGUCUGUCAUUUCCAGUCAUUUAUUCCUGGCUUUAGUUUGAUAUUAUUUUAACUGUUGUGGGACACUGACAAAGAGGGUGAGGUGGUUUGAUAACUGUCUGUUGACUAGUGUUGUUUCUGUUAUUAUUUUUCAGUCUUUUUGUUUCUUUCACAUUCAAACUGUAUCAUGAACUUUAAUUUGAUUCAGUCGAGUGUCAAAGUCGAAGCUCAUUUGGUCACUCAGUGGCAUUUUCCACUCUUGCUAUGCCACCUUUCUGCAUCUUGAAGCCCAGUUUUUAAGAUUUGCUCUUUUCCAAGUGGAUUUUACAAAAGCAUAUUGCCUACACUUGAGAAAAAUAUGUUCUAUUUUUUGUAAUAAACAAGAUAUCACAUAAUUCUGAAAAGUUUUCCAGAAGAAAACCACAACAUCCCAAUGGAGAGCCAAAGACCACUUAGUUUAAUCCCAUUUACUCACAGGCGUACAUAACACAGUAUUUGUAUUGUUACGUAUUAGUAUAAGCUUCACAUCUUAUUCACUCAUGUAGAUUUAAACUGUAGAUUUUUGUCUUCCAUUAAAAAUACCUUAAGGUUUUCUAUCCUUAAUUGAAUGUGAUAUGUUGCCAUUGAUUUUAGGCCUGAUUUUAUGAUGAAGGAAAAACGAGACCACCAGAAUUCACCCCAAAAGCCUUAAACUUUAAGGAAACAACCCAAAAAAGAUGCUGAAGUUGUUAUAAAUUCCUCUAGGCUUGUUCAGAGUUAACAUAUUAGUCCAAGCCGUUCCCUUUUGUGGAGAUCUGUGGAAUGCAGUACAAGCCCUCAUGAAGCUGCUCUGAGAGAGAAACAGGGCAGACACAAACUCAACCUACUAAACUACUUUAGAAGUAAAGCAGUCUGACGGGUGUGUGGGGAACAAAGUGUCCUCAUAGUUUUUCUAACUGACGUGAUUUGUUACACUGGAACUGUGCCAGUCCACAUGCUUGCACAGAUGUUACAUAAGAUUUCAUUUACAUUUAUAUUUUGAUUUUUUUUCCCUACAGGACAUUGAUUAAACACACCAAAACCCUGGACCCUACCAGGCCUGUCACGUAUGUCACAGACAGUAACUACGCCAGGGACAAAGGGGUGAGAUUUACAGCACACACUUUGAAAUCAAGUCUAGGUCAAGUUAAAACCUGCGCGGCUCAAUGAUAGUUUCAUCAUUCAUUCUUUGAAUUAUUCAAGUAUUUGUUUACAUUGAUGGACUUACCAAGUUUCCCUGUGUAAAGAAUACUCCAAUGAAGAAUGCUCCUCUCCAGAUCCAAACACUUAGGAUUCCUUUAGUGUUUCUGUUUGCACACUUGGAAAAUUAGGGAGUAAAAGUCAGAUUGUGAGGUUAUUAUCCCUCUGGGCUUCAGAGGUUUUUUAUCUGUCAGGCUUUUGUUGACACAACAUCAAACCAAGUUGUUGACAUGCGGCAGAAUAGUCCACAUUCCUGUGCUGUGAGCUACAUGUCCAAGGGUGUAGUUACAGGCUUACAGGUGCCGAUUACCUGCAGCAGCUGAUGUGUUCAAACUUCUGACUCGGUCAACACACGUUUUCAAGGAUUAUUUACCAGUGACCUGAGGGAAGAAGAGUUUAAAGUUAGGAGCAGUUUCAGGAGCUGCAAGACAACACCACUACAUUGUUGGUACCAUUAAAAGAGGAACGUAUCUGUACGUUGCUUUGGGUAAAAGCAUCUGCUAAAUGACAUUGUAGUACUGUAACAAGGAGACUUAACAUUUUCCCCUUUUUUAACCUCAUAACAGAAUCUUUUGCUCUUGAAACACCAGUGGAUCUACUCUAAUCUACUAUAAACUCUAGCUUUAUUUGUAAUAUCUGUUCGAGUAAUUCAGCAAAGCUUUUAACAGCAGAAACAACAACAAGGAGCUGUAUUUUAAUCUUUUAUCUUGUCUCCAGGCUCCCUUUGUGGACGUAAUCUGUGUGAACAGUUACUUCUCCUGGUAUCAUGACGCGGGACACAUGGAGGUCAUCCCCAUCCAGCUCAACACACAGUUUGAGAACUGGUAUGGAAAGUACCACAAACCCAUCAUCCAGAGCGAGUAUGGAGCAGAUGCAGUGCCUGGGAUCCACAGUGUGAGGAUUCACGCACACACAUUGAUUCAAAUUCCUGACUGUUGUUUGCACCGAUAAUAUCUUUAUUAUCUUACUGGUGAAUCUGAAAGUUGUGAUGAGAAUUAUAGACCAUGCCACGCCUUAUUCUCCUUGUGUCUUAGAGAUUGUGAUUACGAAAUAUUUUCAGAGGAACAUGAGAGUAAAAAGCGGUCUUUUCUCCUUCCAGGACCCGCCCAUGAUGUUUACAGAGGAGUAUCAGAAGGCCGUCCUGCAGAGCUACCACAACGUGUUCGACCAGAAGAGGAAGCAGUACGUCAUCGGUGAACUCAUCUGGAACUUUGCAGACUUCAUGACUGCACAAGGUACUGCAGCUCCAAGAAAGAAAAACAGUUCAUACAACGUUCCCAUCAGAGUCAAAGCUGCUUUUUAUUUCCCUAUGCGACUCCAGCUCAUUAAUCACUCGUGAAAAAAGGCUGUAGGCAGGGCAGCUUUCAACACCUGAUACUGAGAGCAGACCACAGGAAGACCCUGCAGAAGUACAUUAAUGUGACUGAUGCUCACUGACCCUGAAACCCUGCAGUAAAUUUUCACUCACAGCUAUGAAUGAAUCAUGGAGUCUGUACUGAGUUAAAAUAAGAGUCUGAUCCACACCUCUAAACUAAGAGGAGUUUUAGUGAAUGGGUGUGCCAUCGGGUUGACUCAUGUAGGUUCUACAGAAGAAGUUGCCGGUCAGGAAACAAUUAAACUGACUUUGCAGGAGAACUUAAUCUCUUGACUCAAAAAUUUAUUCGAUGCAGAAUACCACUGAGAAGAGGAUUAUUUGAUUGUGUAAUAACAAUAUUUCCUUGUUUUCUUCCUUUGUAUUUCAUGAUAAAUUAAUAUCUGUGAGGUUAGGACUGCUGGCCAAGCUAAAGAAGGUUUUAAUCUCUGCUGUAGUUCCAAACAAACCCACAGGAUCUGGACCUGGACCAAUCCAGGCAUUUUGUGAUUAGGUUUGGGCUAAAUCCAGUUGUGGGUUCCUGGAAUCACAGAGGUCACUGACCAUCGUUUAAACCCUGAAAACAAGGCCAGAUUGAAGAGAGUGUGCGUAAAUCCUUUUGCAGACUUUUCUUUAACUGAUUCUCUCUGGGAUCUGAUCUCAGCUAUCACAGAAGGAGCUAUUAAACACUAUGGAAAACACAAUGAAACGGUUCCUACCAAGUAAUCUGACUAGAUAAGGGGAGAUUCUCUGAUCCCUGAUAUGCAGUAUAAAAUCACUAAGACUUAAUGAAACUCAAAUCCCUGCCUCGGGUGUUUUAAAUGUAGUUGAUGAACCUUCCAGCAUCAGAUUGAUCAGGCCACUAAAACAAAACAACUAAAGACCCUUUUUUCACAGCAACUAAAUUAAAUUAAAUACAAACACAAAGAUACAUGCACAUAAUGUUAAGUAUCUGAUCUUCUUUAAUGGACACACUCAUAGAGGUAGAAGAGAAAAAUGAAUGACAAACUAAAGAAAAGUAAUCAUCUGUUCACACAGCUUUGAAGAAGUGUUGCAUGAUACUGUACAGUGAUUAUGCAAAUUAGAGUCAGGACAGGGUGAGCAGAACUCCAGUGCGAAGAGGAAGAGGUCAUGAUACAGUGUCAAAAGGGAGAGGUGAGAUGUGACGGACUUCCUCUCUGCAGAUUUAUUAGAUUGGUUGUGUGAUCAGGCUUUUCACCUUCAUCACUGAAUCACGGUGUCUGAAUCACAGCAGUGCUGAUAUUCUGUUCAAUAUCACUCUCUGAUAUGUUGAAUUGAUAAUUAAAGUACACCAGCAUGUUGGUUUUUAUGAUUCAUAGUUAUUUUAAGAGUGUGAAACAUAAAAUUUUACUAUUCUAAAUGCUGAAACUGCCUGUUUUGAUAUUUGAUUAGUCAUUGAUUAUUGAGAUUGUUUAUCUACUAAUUGUACGGUGAACUGCAGUGGCUCUUAUUUAACUUGCAAAUCUCUCAGGCCCCUUUUUCUUUGCAGAGUUUAAAGAGAAACACUCCUGUGCAUAAGAAGUUCUAGGAUACCACAGCUUUGGGGCAGCCGCUGCCAUGUCGCUGUGUUUUGUAUACAUGUCACUUCCUAUUUAUGCCCCACUUCUUCUGUUUUGCAUGUGCCACGCUCAGCAGAGCUUGUGAGGAUGCUAGAUGUCUCAACCCUCAGCUGUUCAACAGAGUUGAACAGCUGAGGGUUGAGACUGACCUAUAAUGGACAACUAAAUUCAUUAGCCACUAAUUUAGUCAUCGAUUUUUGCCGAGCUAUCGUUGCAUCUCUACUCUACAGUACUCCUUUAUAAACCGACCACACAGAGAGUUUGACAUCAGCUAGAGGAUGGUGUUACUAUAACAUAGAAAUAUGGAAGACCAGGCCUCACUGCUCCUGAACAUGAUUAACUCAAGGAUAAGUCAACAAGCUUGCAUAUACAGCAAAACAACUUAAAGAAGAUUUUAACAACUUCACAUUGAGCUGUUGUUAAUGGAAGGGGGAUUAAAAAAAAAUACCCCAAAAUUAAAGCACAUUUAACAGACUUUAUGCUGACAAAAACCUGAGUUUGACUGGGCACUCUUUGAUCUCUGUGUCUGCAGGAAUAACCCGAGUGGUGGGGAACAAGAAAGGUAUAUUCAGCAGACAGCGGCAGCCUAAGUCAGCAGCAUUCAUCCUGAAGGAGAGAUACUGGAGACUGGCCAAUGAAACAGGCAGGUUACCUAUUUGGACCAAGUACCCCUGCUCACUCUGACACCCACACCAGGAUGGACUCUCUAUCAUAUAACGAAAGUUACGCAUGUAACUACGGUUCUAUGAAUCCCGAAUGACCGCCAGAGGCGGUGCUUUAAGCACUGAAUAACUCCCUUCGCGCAUGCGCAGUUCGAGUGUUUAUACCAACAACAUCACUUGUGACCCCGUGGUGACCUGGAAGAGGUUAUUUCUUCCAUCGGUCAACGAGGGUUCAGUCCCUGCAGAACUUUCUCGCGAAGACGCGAGGAUUCUGAGUGACAGAGUGCUCUGGCGGUCAUUCGGGAUUCAUAGAACCGUAGUUACAUGCGUAACUUUCGUUCUAUUUCAUCCCUUCUGACCGCCAGAGGCGGUGCUUUAAGCACUGAAUGACUUAUACCAGCAAAGUCACGAGGAAUCCUGAUUGCAAACCUUGAAUCAAGGGGACUCCGGGAAGAGGACCACACCCAACGGAUGGGGAGUGGCAACGUUCACCCUGUAGAACUUGGAGAACGUGCUUGAUGACGCCCACGAGGCAGCCAAUCAGAUGUCCUCCAGGGGUACUCCUCUUAGGGCUGCCCAUGAGGUGGAGACACUCCUGGUCGAGUGACACUGGACCCCGGGUGGCAUGGGGCGGUUAUUUGCCUUAUAGGCGUGGUUGAUUGUGUCCACCACCCAGUGGGACAACCUCUGCUUUGACAGGGCAAGGCCUAUACUAGGGCCGCUGUGACACACAAAGAGCUGUUCAGCUCGUCUUACACGUGUGGUGGCUCGAAUGUAGGCUCUCAAGGCCCGCACCGGGCACAACAGCCUCAGUUGGUCAGCCCUGUCUCCUGGUGGAGGAUCGAACUGGGCCAGUGUGAUAGGCCGGUUGAUGUUUGCUGCCGAUGGCACUUUUGGCAGGAAGUCCAUAUUGGGCCAUAGGGUCAUGCCUGACUGGUCUGGGUUCCACCGUAGGCAGGAUUCGUUGAUUGAGAGGGCGUGUAGCUCACCUACCCGCUUGGCCGAUGUAAUGGCCAGGAGGAGGGCUGUCUUAUAGGACAGCCAUUUGAGCUCUGCCCGCUCCAGGGGCUCAAAGGGAGCCUUGCAUAGGGUGUCUAAGACUAGAUUUAGGUCCCAUACUGGAGCUCUCGGGGCUCUCGGGGGGUGCAGCCUCUGGGCCCCCUUCAGAAAGCUGGAGAUCAAGCGGUGGCUCCCUAUCGUGCUGUUCUCAACCCUCACGUGGUUACAAGAUAUAGCUGCCACAUACACUUUAAGUGUAGAAGGGGACAGGCCUUUAGUUACCAGGCUUUGGAGGAAUUCAAGGACUACAGUCACUGGGCAGUGUACUGGGUCCUCAGCUCUGCUUUUGCACCAGCUGGAAAACAGCUUCCACCUGUUGGCGUACUGGAGCCUGGUGGACGGCGCCCUUGCGUUCAAGAUCGUAUGUUGUACUGCGUCCGAGCAGCUGCCUAGCAGUGGGUCGGGCCCUUCAGCAGCCAAACACACAGCUGAAGGCGUUGUGGGUUGGGAUGCCAGAUUCGUCCCCUCAGCUGUGAGAGCAGGUCCCUCCUGUCGGGGAGGCGCCACGGCGUCCCUUGACAUAGUUGGUGGAGCAGUGGGAACCACACCCUGCCUGGCCAGAAAGGGGCCACGAGGAGAAUGGUGUGACCCUCCUGAGCCACUCUCUGGAGCACCAGGGGAAUCAGAGGAAGUGGGGGAAAGGCGUAUAGGAGAACCCCUGGCCAGGGGUGGGACAGCGCGUCCUGGCCUAGGGGGCUGGUUGGCUCCGCUAGGGAGAACCACUUCGGGCAGUGGGUCGACACUGCCGAAGCGAACAGAUCCACUUCUGCCCUGCCAAAGCGGUUCCAGAUCAUGGUGACCACGUCUGGGUGGAGGCGCCACUCUCCUGACGGAGGCUUCCGCCGGGAGAGAAAGUCCGCGAUGUAAUUCUUCUCCCCUGGUAUAUAUACUGCCCGCAGGCUCAUCAGGCGGGGGGCGGCCCAUGUCAGCAGGUUUGCGGAGACCUGCAGCAGCUGUGCUGACUUGGUCCCUCCCUGGUGGUUUAUAUGGUAGAUUGUUGAGGUAUUGUCUGACCUGACCAACACAUGCUUGCCUCUCAGGUGAGGCAUGAAAUGGAUAAGAGCCAUGUGCACCGCUUUUAUUUCGAGCACAUUGAUAUGAUUUGCGCGGUCUGCUGGAGACCACUGCCCGCGAGCUGUCCUGCCCUGCCACACUGCACCCCAGCCCGAGAGGGAGGCGUCGGUGGUAACAGUUUCUCUGCCGAAUGGAAUACACCCCAUCGGGACACCCCUCAGGAUGUAAGUCCUGUCCCUCCACGGGACUAGGGUGAGGAGGCACUGUCUUGACACGGCAAUCUGCCUGUGCCUGUGUCGCUCGGCAUCUAGAUGGAGGCCGUUUAGCCACCUCUGCAGGGGGCGUAGGGACAGCAAGCCCAGCGGCACAACAGCCGCAACAGACGUUAGCGUGUCCAUGAGGCGGAGGAACCUCAUGUAUGGCAGGAGGCUUCCUCUCCUGAAAUCGAACAGAAGCUUCAUAAUACCAUCCACCCGACGGGUGGAAGGACGGGCCGUCAUUGAAACCGUGUCUAGGGCUAGACCAAUGAAUGUCAUGCUCUGAGAUGGCGUCAGGCAGCUUUUGUCUGUAUUUACUUUGAUACCCAGGCGGGCCACGUGGGCUAGAAGCUGUGAUGUGUCGUCCGCUGACUGUGCCCGGGAUGGUGCGCAGAUCAGCCAAUCGUCCAGGUAGGGAAGCACCUUCAUGCCCUGGGCCUGGAGAGGUUGGAGCGCUGCAGCGGCAAACCUCGUGAAGACCCUCGGGGACAGGGAGAGCCCAAAUGGGAGCACCCGGAACUGCCAGUGGCGGUCCUUGUAGGCAAACCGGAGGAACUGCCGGUGUUGCCUGGCAAUGGGGACAUGGAAAUAGGCAUCUCUCAAAUCCACUGUCGUGAACCACUCGUUUGGGGCCACGGACUGGAGUACAGCUGCCGUGGUCAACAUACGGAAGGGUAGGGUCUUUAAGUACCUGUUUAAGCCUCUCAGGUCCAAGAUGGGGCGGAAUCCGCCGGUCUUUUUCUCUACCAGAAAGUAGGUUGAGUAGAACCCCCUGGGGUGCUGCAGAGGGUCUACUGGUUCGAUGGCACCCUUGGCCAGGAGGGUAGACAGCUCCUGGUCCAGGGCGAAGGCCUUUGCCGGGUCGCCAAUGAUGGUAGUUUUGACCCGGCUGGUUGCAGGGGGCCGGCGUCGGAACUGGAGUUUGUACCCGUGGGUCAAGGUGUGGUAAGCACCCACGGAAGUCCAUAUUGGGCCAUAGGGUCAUGCCUGACUGGUCUGGGUUCCACCGUAGGCAGGAUUCGUUGAUUGAGAGGGCGUGUAGCUCACCUACCCGCUUGGCCGAUGUAAUGGCCAGGAGGAGGGCUGUCUUAUAGGACAGCCAUUUGAGCUCUGCCCGCUCCAGGGGCUCAAAGGGAGCCUUGCAUAGGGUGUCUAAGACUAGAUUUAGGUCCCAUACUGGAGCUCUCGGGGCUCUCGGGGGGUGCAGCCUCUGGGCCCCCUUCAGAAAGCUGGAGAUCAAGCGGUGGCUCCCUAUCGUGCUGUUCUCAACCCUCACGUGGUUACAAGAUAUAGCUGCCACAUACACUUUAAGUGUAGAAGGGGACAGGCCUUUAGUUACCAGGCUUUGGAGGAAUUCAAGGACUACAGUCACUGGGCAGUGUACUGGGUCCUCAGCUCUGCUUUUGCACCAGCUGGAAAACAGCUUCCACCUGUUGGCGUACUGGAGCCUGGUGGACGGCGCCCUUGCGUUCAAGAUCGUAUGUUGUACUGCGUCCGAGCAGCUGCCUAGCAGUGGGUCGGGCCCUUCAGCAGCCAAACACACAGCUGAAGGCGUUGUGGGUUGGGAUGCCAGAUUCGUCCCCUCAGCUGUGAGAGCAGGUCCCUCCUGUCGGGGAGGCGCCACGGCGUCCCUUGACAUAGUUGGUGGAGCAGUGGGAACCACACCCUGCCUGGCCAGAAAGGGGCCACGAGGAGAAUGGUGUGACCCUCCUGAGCCACUCUCUGGAGCACCAGGGGAAUCAGAGGAAGUGGGGGAAAGGCGUAUAGGAGAACCCCUGGCCAGGGGUGGGACAGCGCGUCCUGGCCUAGGGGGCUGGUUGGCUCCGCUAGGGAGAACCACUUCGGGCAGUGGGUCGACACUGCCGAAGCGAACAGAUCCACUUCUGCCCUGCCAAAGCGGUUCCAGAUCAUGGUGACCACGUCUGGGUGGAGGCGCCACUCUCCUGACGGAGGCUUCCGCCGGGAGAGAAAGUCCGCGAUGUAAUUCUUCUCCCCUGGUAUAUAUACUGCCCGCAGGCUCAUCAGGCGGGGGCGGCCCAUGUCAGCAGGUUUGCGGAGACCUGCAGCAGCUGUGCUGACUUGGUCCCUCCCUGGUGGUUUAUAUGGUAGAUUGUUGAGGUAUUGUCUGACCUGACCAACACAUGCUUGCCUCUCAGGUGAGGCAUGAAAUGGAUAAGAGCCAUGUGCACCGCUUUUAUUUCGAGCACAUUGAUAUGAUUUGCGCGGUCUGCUGGAGACCACUGCCCGCGAGCUGUCCUGCCCUGCCACACUGCACCCCAGCCCGAGAGGGAGGCGUCGGUGGUAACAGUUUCUCUGCCGAAUGGAAUACACCCCAUCGGGACACCCCUCAGGAUGUAAGUCCUGUCCCUCCACGGGACUAGGGUGAGGAGGCACUGUCUUGACACGGCAAUCUGCCUGUGCCUGUGUCGCUCGGCAUCUAGAUGGAGGCCGUUUAGCCACCUCUGCAGGGGGCGUAGGGACAGCAAGCCCAGCGGCACAACAGCCGCAACAGACGUUAGCGUGCCCAUGAGGCGGAGGAACCUCAUGUAUGGCAGGAGGCUUCCUCUCCUGAAAUCGAACAGAAGCUUCAUAAUACCAUCCACCCGACGAGUGGAAGGACGGGCCGUCAUUGAAACCGUGUCUAGGGCUAGACCAAUGAAUGUCAUGCUCUGAGAUGGCGUCAGGCAGCUUUUGUCUGUAUUUACUUUGAUACCCAGGCGGGCCACGUGGGCUAGAAGCUGUGAUGUGUCGUCCGCUGACUGUGCCCGGGAUGGUGCGCAGAUCAGCCAAUCGUCCAGGUAGGGAAGCACCUUCAUGCCCUGGGCCUGGAGAGGUUGGAGCGCUGCAGCGGCAAACCUCGUGAAGACCCUCGGGGACAGGGAGAGCCCAAAUGGGAGCACCCGGAACUGCCAGUGGCGGUCCUUGUAGGCAAACCGGAGGAACUGCCGGUGUUGCCUGGCAAUGGGGACAUGGAAAUAGGCAUCUCUCAAAUCCACUGUCGUGAACCACUCGUUUGGGGCCACGGACUGGAGUACAGCUGCCGUGGUCAACAUACGGAAGGGUAGGGUCUUUAAGUACCUGUUUAAGCCUCUCAGGUCCAAGAUGGGGCGGAAUCCGCCGGUCUUUUUCUCUACCAGAAAGUAGGUUGAGUAGAACCCCCUGGGGUGCUGCAGAGGGUCUACUGGUUCGAUGGCACCCUUGGCCAGGAGGGUAGACAGCUCCUGGUCCAGGGCGAAGGCCUUUGCCGGGUCGCCAAUGAUGGUAGUUUUGACCCGGCUGGUUGCAGGGGGCCGGCGUCGGAACUGGAGUUUGUACCCGUGGGUCAAGGUGUGGUAAGCACCCACGGGUCCACAGCUCGAGCAGCCCAGUAGCUGAGCUGCUGGUGUGUGAAAGUUCCGACGGCCGGCCCCAUUGUCUCAGUGUUUGGCCCCUCUGCCCCUAGGGGCCCUGUUGGGGGGUCCAACGGGGUCCGGGGGCUGUAAUGGCCUAGACUGCGCACGACCAAAGCCCCGUCCACGGGCUUGCCCCUGCGCAAAGCGUGGGUCUCUAAAGUGGGCUGGUGGGGGGUUGCUUCCAGGGGCAGCUGAGUGGACUCUGCCCCUGGCCCUGCCCCUGCUAUGGGGAGGAGCGCGGUGCAGGCUCAUCAGCUGCUGUCUAGUCUGUCCAGCCUGGAUGGUUUGGUCAAGUGCCUCCUGGGCAGCUGGACCAAAGACCGUUCCUGGCACCACCGGGAGGCCCUGGAGGGUCUUCCUCGCCUUGUCCGUCAGCCGUGACUGGGACAGCCAAACCUGGCGGCGGGCCUGGAUUAUGAUGGACAUCAUCCUCCCUAACUCCCGAGCCAUGAGGCCAAACGCCUCCAGUGACGCGUCACAGAGGGUGGUAGCAUCUGCGAUUGCAUUGUCCUCCUGCAGGGAUGAUGAAAGUGCCAGCAGGAGGUGCGACAGGGAGUUGCCAAUUCUCCCAGCUUUUGCUCCUGUGUUAUAGCCCCUAAUCAGCAGGUCGUCGGUCAGCCUGCACUGGGGGCGAGGGCACCUGGUGUCCCGGCUCAAGGCCUCAUCUGGGGGAACCACCAGAGAUGCGACGACUGGCUCAAUUGAUGGCAUGCAGUCCAAGCCAACGUCUGCCGAACCAUGCAUCGCUGCCAGCGCACGACCGUCGCUGGUUAGACGGGAGCAGGCCUUCGAGUCUGCCCAGCAGACCUGUAGCUCCCUCAAAUAGUCCUCUGCAUGAGGGACAGAGAAUGCAUUGGAGGCUGGCUUCCGCCGGAAGAAUCUGCUUGUUGGGGCCUGCCCUGCUUGGUCUGGUAAGGCCACCCUUAACUUCUCCAGGGCCAUUCUCAGGAUGGCCUGCAUCGAGUUAUCCCCGCUCUCGGACAGCUCAGUCUGGGCUGAGGAGUGGGAGCCUUGAUCUGAGGCCUGAGAGGCCCCCUCAUAGACCUCCCCUUCCUCGUACUCAUGAAAAUGGGAGGCUGAUGCAGCUAAAGACAGCGCAUCCUCCUCUGGCUCUUGGGACUCCUGGGUCAAGUGUGGCAUUUCAGGAGUAGGCACCCGAGCUUCCUCUGAAGGACACUCCAGAGGUUGAUGGACGAGGAGCAUAGCCCUCAUACGACCAAGCUCCGCAGACAACUGAUCCACCCUAGACGACAGUCGAGAGCGGUUGGUCUUGGGCCUAGCCCUAGGCUUCUUUUUAGCAGGUGGGGCGCCUGCACUGGCAGGUGCGUCAGUGCCCCGCUUCGAGCGACCAGGUUUCACUGUGGGCGCCUGGCCUGAUGGGGGAAGGUUGUCCUGCAGCGGAUUCACCUCCGCUAGCCUGGCCAGCUUAGCUGCCAUCGGCAUGUAGCUGCAGUCCAUACAGUGGCUGUUCACCAGGGCCUCCUUGAGGUGCUCAAGGCCCAGACAUGAUGGACACAAAUCGUGUCCAUCAUCAGGUUGGAGGGGGGCCUGACAGGAAGUACAGCAGUGAGAGACAUCCAUUGUGACCCCGCCACUAGAUGGAGAAUUGAUCGCUCUUGCUGGAGGGAGGAAGCAGAAACGCUCCUUUAUCCGAAAAUUAAGACAGCAAGAGUGACUGCCGCUUAUGCUGGAGGAAGGAAGCGGAAACGCUCCUUUGCCAGCAAUCAGAAAUAGAAAGAAUAAAUCAAAUAAUAAUCACAAUGAUAGGCUUGAAGCAACUCAGGUCACUGGCAGCGCGAGCUGGGGGGAGGGGGCGUGAGCACCGCCUGCACCAGCGUAGGCUAUCGCCAACUAUAUAAUAAAAAGAGAUAAAGCCCCUCAGGCAACCAGAGCGUUAAUGCUACUGUUAGUGUUAACUAAACUAAAGACAAGGCUAUGCAACAAAAACGGGUUAGCCAAGCCCAACCAAACGUCGCUAGGAAACUAGCCAAAAAACGAAAGAGCUAUCCUUAAAACUUUUCUGCCCGCUUGGCCGCCGCUGAAUGCUUUAGCCGCCGUCGGGGGGCCGUGGCCGCUGCGGCGUUAACAAAAAACGGGCUACCGUAGUCGUUUAUUAACUGAAAAUGCCGACGCGGAACGCGAGCGUUACCGUUCGUUGUAUACAGUCGUUAUGUCGGAGGGAGGCGGCGAGAGCGCAGCCUUUCACAACAGGUUAAGGUAAAUAUCUAUAUAUAUGUACACUAAAUCAAUAACCUACCUGUUCCGAAGGAGAGGGGAACGAGUCCCAUCCUCACCGGUGAAUGACGGACGCCGCGGCGUCCGAUGAGAUGAGAACUCCGCUCAGUAGGAGAUCCCAAUUAAUAUGGAUUAGACAAGUUACAGCUCCUGGAGGGCGAGCAUUCGCUACUCUGACCGAAACGGCCGCGGAACUACUGGUAACUUACUCAUUUAAAAGUGAGGUAGGUUUUGAAAUAUUGUAGCUCGCUCUUUUGCAUCCUGCGCGAGCGAGAAAGAAUAAGGGACUGAACCCUCGUUGACCGAUGGAAGAAAUAACCUCUUCCAGGUCACCACGGGGUCACAAGUGACGUUGUUGGUAUAAACACUCGAACUGCGCAUGCGCGAAGGGAGUCAUUCAGUGCUUAAAGCACCGCCUCUGGCGGUCAGAAGGGAUGAAAUAGAAACUCUAUUUCUCAUGGUACAUGCAGUUUACUGACAAACAAAAGAAACCCUAACUGAAAUAUGAACUUUGUUUUUGCUGUAAUUUGGGGAUUUCCAACUGUUCGGUGUUUUUCAGCGCAGUUUUGAUGCUCAUGAAACUUUGCUUUGUUUUUAUGGUGCUGUUUAUAUUUGAUAAAGAUAAUUAUAUUUCUUCCUUAAGACAGGACUGUGUGGAGGUGAAACAUUCAGUUAAGUUGCUACUGGAUACACUGACUGUUUGAUAAAUAGGUCGGGUGAAAAAAAAGGCAUGAAGUGCUUUGUAUUCAGCUCUGACCUUCCUUUAGUGAGGAGGUAUGAGCACACCUGGUAGAGAGAGUGAGAGAGCACAUUGAUUUCCACAGACGCUAUAGAAGAAAGGAGCCACUACACUUUCUCCUAUUUGUCCUUCUAUCUGUGCUUCAUUCAAUCAAUUCAACUGUGUUUUAGCUUUUGUUUUCAAGGAUGAAAGUACUGAACACACAGUUUAAAAGUGAAUUACUAUGCUCAGUCUAAUCAAGAAAGUGUUUUAUUUUUGUAUGUGUAAAUCAUAAGAGAAGCUCUUUUGAUAAAAAUCAAUGUAUAUUAAAGUGAGAACGAGAACUCUACAUGAACACUGUUUUUCCUUCCAUUUUCUAUUUGUAGGUUUGUAAAGCACUUUGAAUGAACUCCGUAGCCAUUGUGUUACCUGAGUUACUGUAACACCGCAGACGCUUACGGGGUUAAACAUAUUGAUUAAUGGGAUUGUCACUUAAUCUGACUGGUCACUAUCACCUGUUGACCCAUGGUGCACCAGGAGGAGCACUGAGUAUUAAAGCCAAGUUGAAGGAUGCUCACUGAUGUGGACUCUAUAAAAAGAAAAAAGUCAUAAGAAACAAACAUGCGGAAAUGGAUCAAAAACAUCUUUUUGAUUAGUUUUACCACAGUUUGCACAAAGCUAUACUGAAUUUGUUCCGGUUGUAAUCGCUUCUGUCAACAUUAGCUUCUAAAUCGUGUUUGCAUAAACUGAUACAUUUGUCAUUCAACAUUCUGCUCUUGACAUUUGUACCUGAUACCUUGAAGCUGAGCCAGUUAGGUAAACCUGGGCUGAUACUAAUUCUGUUAAACAGAAGUGAAUUCGAUACUACAGAGCCUGGUUCACAUUUCCUCCAGCUGAAAGUGAGAUAAAGACGUGUGGUUCCUCCAGCUACAGGGGAAAUAUGUUCUCAUAAAUUUUAAUAUCCUAAAGGACUCAUGGGAUUAGUGUUAUUAUUGUAUCUGCAGCCGCAUCAGUUAUUGAACUGAAUCUUUUCAUAUUCAACCCCUUUGUUAAUUUCAUAAGGUCUGGGUUUCAAUAAAAAAAAAGGCAAAGCUGAAACCAUCAAAAGAGAUAAAGUCAGUAACUUUCUUAAUUUUAAUGACUUUAUCUCCAUAAGAAUUCCAAAUGCAACAUUGGUCACUUAUCACACUUAAAAUGACUGUUUAGAUGUAAACCAACGGACUAUCUGGAAAGUAUAAAAUGUUGUGUGAAGACAUCUCCUCUAGUCUGCAGGAUUGUUUUUUUUUUUUAAGUAUGAGUCAUAUAAAAAAAAAUUUAAAAUUAAAAUGCAGGAAUAAUACUGAGAGAAGUUACACAUCACAUUGACGGUCAGUAAAUUGGUAAACGUGAACACUUCAACAUUAAAGAUGUGAAAUUAAAUCAGGGCUUGGGGAAAUUUAAAAAAAAAAAAAAGUACAACAGAAAUGAUUUCUAAAUUGUUUUGACCAAAUUUAAAAGGAAAAAAAAAAGUUUGAUAAUGAAAUUACUAGUUUCAGCAAUUUUAAAGUUUGUUAUAUUUCAUUACAUGGAGUGCUACUGAGCCUGUAUAAAAAUCUGUAGUUAAAUCUCCUGUAAAGUUUGUGUUCACCAUGGCGACCCUCUGUGCUUAUCUUUUCCUCUUCAUGCUUCAGAAGUGUCUUUAGAGAAUAAAAAAAUCUCAUCCUGCUGACUUAA